AUGCCCGUAACGCGUUUACCCUCGACAGCGACAAUCGGGGGUAUUAACGGUUUCAUAAUAAUAUACGCGGUACGACGGUCGCUCCGGUGCCGGCGUUUGGAUUUUUUCGAGUAAAAAACGUAUACAUUUUUGGGCCCGAAAUAUGUCAAACACUCCCCGGAAUAUGGUCUAGAAAAUCGAGAAAUUACGAGGGGAAACGCAUGUACGGAAUGUGCAUUUGAAUUUCAAAUUUCAUCUCUUGCCUUCGUCGUAUUAACGGACGGCGAAGCGAGAAGUCCGACGGCUUCUCGUCGCUGUAAAUUCCGAUAAAGGUAUUUUAAAAAUGUUUACCGGGUAAGUCGUUAACAAUCACUGUAUGUAUUAGCGAACAAUUUUUUCCACCAGAAAUCUUACUCCGAUAUUCAAGCGCGGUAGUUUUUUUGAAAAAAUUAUUAUUAUCUUGUUGGUUCACCGGGAGAUUUUUUUUUCACAUUUUGGCGACUUUUGAGCUAUUUAUGGGCCAUUGACAUUUUCGAGAUUUUUCUUUCGUUGGUAUAUAUUUGGUUUUACCAAUCUAUCACGUAACACAUUAUUUUGGAAAAUAUUAACUUUUUUCGAAAUUUGUAAAUUUAUUUUCUAGACAAUUUUAGAAACAAGCAGUUCGGCAAUUUUACAUUUACGUUUUUUUUUCACCCUAAUUUUUGGGGACACUUCUUUUGAUUUUCAAAUAGCAAACUAUAUUAAAAUUUCUAUAAAUAGACGGAGUAAUAGUUAAAAUAAAUCUUGGUGUACAAAUUUUUAAUUUCCGUCAAUCCGUUGAUGAUAUAUUCCACUUUUAAAUUUGGGUCGGAGGAGAGUAGUGGAGCAUCAUUUGUGUGGUGGCACAGCGCGCGGUGCUUUAAUAAUGUACCACUACUCUCCCCCGACUCAAACUUAAAAGUGGAAUAUAUUGUCAGCGGAUUGACGGAAAUUAAAAAUUUAAACACCAAGAUUUAUUUUAACAACUAUUCCGUCUAUUUAUGGAAUUAUUAAUGUAGAUUGUUAUUUGAAAAUCAAAAGUAGGUAGUCGUUUACCCUCAAAAACUGGGGUAACAAAAAAUAAUGAAAAUCUUAAAUUCUAGAAAACCGUGUUUCUUAAAUUUUCUUUAAAACAAAUAUCGAAAAAAGUUAAUACUUUCCGAGAUAAGGAGUGGCUCAUGAUAGAUUGAUCAACCUGUAUAUAAAACUGUUUUGGUCGAGUAAAAAGACGUGCGCACUUUACACGAGGUUCUUUAUAAGUUGCACUUAGUAGUUACAAGAAAACAGUUGAGCGUAAUGUAAAAUAGAUUUUUUUCAAAUACAUUUAAAAAGUUAAAUAAAAUCAUACAAAUGACGCCAUUACAAAACACGUGCAAUCAUACUACUCACAGAAUCGUAUUUAGUUAACAGUGAUUUGUGUUUGGGCAUAGAGAUAAAUUAAAUACUUUUACGUACCCUAAUUUCUCAAUUUUCCUCCUACAACAGGGGCACAUCCAUCAGUAGUAGGAACUAAGUAUAUAUAUAUAUAGGUUUUUUAAGCUUUUUUUAUUUUAGUUGUCGUCGGCCAAUAACUUGACGUUAAUAUGUUACGUAUUGAAAAGCAAUUGAGAAUUCGGAAAGGUAGAGACAGUAUACUUACCUACAGUAACAUGCUAGUUGUUAAUAACUAAUAAGCUAUUUACAAUACAUCCGUUUACGCCUGUAACAUUUUUUCUAAUUUUUUUAAGACUUCUAAAAGAUACGACACGAUGGGUCAAAAAUGCUGGACGGAUCUCGGACGAGAUAUCCCGAUUUCUUUUCAGGCGAAACCUAAUUUAUCUCUUUGCCCUCACCGCCACCACCGCCGGGGCACGUACGCUGUACGGUAGAGGGUUGGGCGGAAGAAGACGCGACGUCGAGUCGCCACGUGGCACUGACGUGACAGGCGUUGGACGGGAGAAGAAAAAGAAUAAGACGGAGACGAAGAAGAAGCAGAAGAAGUUAAUGGAUUCUAUUCAAAGGAGAGCAAGAGAUGGCGUCCUAAUGCACGGAGCGUCGCGAAUUCAUUACUUUUCGCGCGAACCGGCCGAUUUUCGAACGUCAGAUGCUGCCCGACCUUAUAAUAUAAUAUAUUGUUAUUAUAUCCUAUAUUCCUUUAUGUAAUAUCGUGUAUGUGUGUGUGUGUGUGUGUGCGUAUAUAAACUCCGUCGAAAAUACCUUUUUUUUUUAUGUGUAAACUCUGGAAAAAAUCAGGUAAAAUGCUCAUAAACAGUAACCGAUUCAAUAAAAUGUCUUGCAAUUUACAGACAAUAAAAAAUGUUUCAUAAAAAAAAAAAAUAAUUUAUACCUUAAACAAAAUUAAUUUUUGUCACUCUCGUUUUAGACAUUGAGUGUUUUACUAUAAUAUAUUCGCAUUUUUUUUCUGGAAUGCUUAUUUUUCAGUUGGUAAAAAUGCUCCGAUAUUCGCCUUCAGUAUCGUAAGAGAUUUUCCGAUAAUCCCAUUGCUUCGCAUAGCAUACGAAAUAUUUUGAAAAUUUGAGUUCAUAAAGGACAACUCUGUGCUGUUAUUUUUAAUAUUUCAAUGAAUAUACACGAUUGUAAAACUUAAAGACAAGAACAAGAUAAUUGAAUCUGUACAAUUACAUCAGUUUUUUUUCGCUAUUUUAAUUUUUAAGUGAGAUACGACCCAUAUCAUACCAGUGGGUGAAUUAUUAAAAAUUAUAAAUGCUUUUUUAAAAACUAUCAAAAGAUAAAACCGACGUAGUUGCAUAGAUAAUGUUCUUACCUUUUAGUUGGAUAGUAAGCCAAUUCACUAUAAUUCUAAAACUAAUAGUACAAAGUUAUCCCUACUGAACGCCAAUUUGCUAUAUCGUGCGUUUGUACUACGAAGACAGCAAAUGCGGGUGUACCGUACUCCCAAAGAUGCAGAUUUGCCGCCUGAUUACGCUUAGUAAAGUAUUUUAUUUGAAAGAUUUUUCGAAAUUCCCAUUCCGCAAUUUUUUUUAUUUUUAUUUUUAUAUAUAAAUAUAUAUACAUGUAUAUCAGUUAGAUCUUUUUCCAACCUUUUUAUUUAAUCGGUAGUUUGGCCCAAGUUUACAAUCGUCCAUAAUAUUACACUAGUGAUGUGUUUUAUCGCCGAGAUUUUAAACUGUACGCACGAGAAUCGCUUCUAUCGCGUCGAGUACUCAGCUACGACCCGGUUAGAUGAGACAAUCGAGUUUUUUAUCGUCCAUAAAAAUAACCGUUUUCCCGACCGCAUGUCGUUUGUCUUAGAUUACAGUCUUUGACUGUUUCUACAAAGGAAUAUCUGCAGUUGUACUAGUUUCAGUACCUACUCAUACAUUGAGAUAAUAAAACCGAAAUGUAAUAAAAAUUGGUUAUCUUCUCACUUUUACGAAAAUACAUUUUCCACAUAAAAAUAAAAUUUAAAUUAACAUUGAAAAAACAAUCUGUUAUGAAAAUUGCUUGAAAAUUCAAAAAAUGAACUCGUAAAUGCACCAACUAGAUCCAAAAUUUCACAAAAAAACUAUCAUGACGGUGUUUGAUUGGAGCAAGAUUUAUGGUUAAAGAGUUCUUCACAGACAGAAAAGAAAAUCACAUAUUACAAAACCAAUACGUUCCUCGUUGAGCUUAAAAUCUAAAAAUAACACAACGAUCAGACGAAAAAAAGUAUGAUAAAAUUUAGUGUUUUUUUUGAUUUAUAACAUAAUUGAUUUUAUAGUUUUUGGGUAUAUAUAUAUAAAAGAAAAAUAUGGUACGUUGGAAAGAUACGAUUCAUAAAGUUACAUGUAGUAUAUGUUUGUUUGCAACGGUAAACCAUUGCUAACGAAACACGAUUUUAAGCGAAAUUCCGUUAGACAUGGUAUAAAUGCCAUAAUACAUAUGAUUUUCAUCAGAAUUUGAUCUUAAAAAGAAUAUAACACAAAAAACUACCACAUAAGCUCAACUUUAUUUUUAACACGUGAUACAUCUUAAAAUGAACUUUGUGCUAAAUUUUCAAAUAUUUUUGUAUGCCAAACCGUUCUAUCUACAUAGUACCUGCCGAAAAUAAAUUAUGUAAAAAGCUCAUAAAAUUCAAAUGCCAAUAAAAAGCUUAAAAACGGCUCAAAUGUAUUGAAAAAAUGAUCACGUUUAGAAAAUGCAAAUAUAAGUUUUCUGCAAAAAUUUGAGUUUCUACGAAUAUUUUCAAUUGAAUGACACGAAUAAAAAAUUUUAAUAAAAAAAAAAAAAUGUAUGUUCGUAAAUUUUACGGAACUAGUAAAUAGUAAAACCAAUAAAUCCGUCGCUACGCUCGGAAACUAAAACAGAAACACGUAAAUUUAAUUGCAGUAUUAAAUACCGAUUGCACCCUGAUGGACGAGAAUUGUCCCGAGUGGAUUUCGUUGUUAAAGUUUACUAACCUAAAUUAUACAAUUUUUAAUAGUCCUUUAUAAUAUAUUUAUAUUCCAUACACGAAUAAAAAAUUAUUUUAUUAUGAAAAAUGCCAAAGCGUCGAAGGAAAACUUUAAUUCACGCAAUUUUCGCAUUACCCAACCAACCUCAAAUCCGAUUUAUAUCGUACAUUAAUAAUGAUUUCAGUCCGAAACGGUAACUAUUUUAGAUUCUGAGUGUAGCGAAGAAUGCAUUGGAUUUAUUAAGAUGUUUUUUUUUCUUUUUUUAUACUUUGUAUAAAAAUUCUAUCAGAAUCUUGCUUCGGUAUUUACGUGCGGCACCAUUUCUGAAAUGAAAUAUUGUCCAGAUUUGACUUUUAGGAGGUCAUUUUUAGAUUUUCCCAAGCAGUUUUCAUGAUAUUUGGAUAAAACUGGAAUAAAACUUAAGAAAAACAGGGAAUUUACGAAAAUAAUGCUUCUAUUAUUUUUUCAAUUUUGUUAUUUAUUGUAAUCCAGUUAAAAAUAUUUGUAGAGACUUGAAAUUUGGACAGAACAGUUUUAUUUACCUUUUCUAGAUAUAGCCAAAUGUUCAAAAUAUUUAAGCCAUUUGAGCUAUUAAUAGACACAUUAAUUUUUUUUCGAGUUUUAUACGUAAUUUUUAUUCGGUAAUUACUCUGUGGUAAAAUUGUUAGCCUAACGAGAAAUACUUGAAAAUUUAACAGGAUUUUCAUUAAGAGUCUUACUUUGUGGUAAAAAAAAAAUUGAGUUCUGUGUACAACGUUUCUACCAGAAAUUUCGCUCCGAUUAAAUAUGAUAGCACUUUUUCUGAAAGUAAAUAACUGAGAAGGUUCUUUAUGGAGGUCAUUUUUCGAUUUACUUUUUUUUUUUAGGAGUUUUCUCAUCAAAUGUAAAAACCAGAAAAAUCACGGGAAAACCGGGAAAAACGUAGGAAAAAUAGGAAAAUCGCUACAACAUUAAACAAAAUUAUUAAAGAAAAUAUUUAAAGCCUAUUUAAUUGAUUUAUUAUAAAAUGACAUACAUAUUGUUGAAAAAUAAAUUAAAUUUCCUAUAAUAGUGGCUGUACCCGUCUCCAAUAUCCCAGUACGUCUUUUUAAUCAUUUUUUUCCCUGUACUCCAAUCGUAAUUAAAGUGAAGUAUUAACGUAAAAUGUUACAUUGACACAUUGAAAACAGAUUAACACACACUUUUGAACAAUGUCGUAAAAAUUUAAAUCGUCAUUUUUUUUUUUUUUUUGUGACUUUACGAAUUCAUGAGAAACGAAGAGUGCGAAGAUGGACGCGUGACCCUGGGAUUUAUGACGUAUCAGUUAAUAGCCGGCAAAGAAAAUACAAUAUUCUAUAGAGAGCUAUAUCAUGUGGCAGACUUGGAUUUAGUGAUCAUUUUCAUUAAUGGACAAAGACUGCAUUGGCUAUUACUUGGAAAAGAUGAAGCGAGAGCGGCUUAAAGAUGAAAAAUGCCGCGUUUCAGUCCCGGUAAAGGCGGGUCGACUUUCUCAAAGAGGAUUUAAACAACCGGUACGGAACGAAAGACCGCGUGGGAGACGUGUAUAGUGGUCCAAGACUGCACAGACUGAUGGCACGUGAUCGUAUCGCUUUGGCCGCUAAAACUUUUAGAUAUCCGUGUGAAAGACCGAACCCGGAAGAACGCGAAAAAGAAGAUUGUCGGCAUUGUUAA